AUGGGAAAUCAAUAAAAAAAAAGGAAGUAAUAGAAUAACUCUUUAAGUAUUCUAUAAGAUUUAGUGAAAUCUGACUUGAAAGCUCUAACUCAUAUUGACUUACAAUUAAAAAAUUGCAAUCUUAGUAACAAAUAAGUUGCUUAAAUUAACAAUAGUUUAGUAUAAUGCUAAAAAUUAGAAUCUUAAGUACUAAAUCUUAAUAAGGAAAAUAUUUCAGAUGAUUAGAUAAAUUAAUUAUUUGAUAAAUAUCCCUUCACAAAGGAUUUUGUUGAAACUGGUAAUAAUGUGAGCAAUGACUAAAUAUACACCCAAAUUUUGUUUUUGCUAAAUUGUUUUUAGAUUAAUCAUGGUUGUUAAGAACUUAGAUUAAAUGAUAUUGAAGCUUAAAGAGAUAUUCUAUUAGAAGAAACUAUGAGUAAUCUAAUUAAUCUCAACAGUUUAUAGCUAAAUUUAGAAGGAAAUUAAUUAGGAGAUUAAGGCUCGGUUUGGAUUUGUAAAUUAUUACGUAAAUGCAAAACACUUAAUAACUUAAAUCUGCAGCUUUGGAAAAAUAAAAUAGGUGAUGUAGGGAUAUCGAGUAUUGCAGAAGGUAUUAGUAGUUGUGCUAAACUCACAACUUUAACUUUAAAUGCAGUUAAUAAUUAAAUUGGGGAUGGAGGAGCAUAUUAUUUAGGAACAGCAUUAAGUAACUUAAAGUUACUUAUUAAUUUAAAAUUUUGUCUUAGGCAAAAUAAAUUCUCUGAUAAAGGAGCACUAUACAUUGGAUUAGGUUUAAGUAAGUGCAAUCAACUUAAGAAUUUAGAUAUUGGAUUACACAUAAAUUAAAUAGGGGAUGAUGGAGCUUCUACUAUUGGUGCAGCACUUGGUAACUGCAAGUUCCUAACUAAUCUCAAAUUUGACAUUUCGGACAAUAAAAUCGGUGAUGAAGGAGCAUAAAAUAUUGGAUUAGGUUUGAGUAACUGCACUCAACUUACAAAUUUAGAAUUUGACAUAAGCGGAAAUUAAAUUGGUGAUGAUGGAGCUUCUACUAUUGGUAAAGCACUUGGUAACUGCAAGUUCCUAACUAAUCUCAAAUUUUCCAUUCGGUGGUCUAAAAUCGAUGGUAAAGGAGCAUAAAAUAUUGGAUUAGGUUUGAGUAACUGCACUCAACUUAGAAAUUUAGAAUUUGACAUAAGCAGAAAUUAAAUUGGCGAUGAUGGAGCUUCUACUAUUCGUAAAGCACUUGGUAAAUGCAAAUUCCUAACUAAUCUCAAAUUUAACAUUUAGUAGAAUAGAAUCGGUGAUAAAGGAGCAUUAGGUUUGAGUAACUGCACUCAACUUAGAAAUUUAGAAUUUGACAUAAGCAGAAAUUAAAUUGGGUAUGAUGGAGCUUCUACUAUUCGUAAAACACUUGGUAACUGCAAAUUCCUAACUAAUCUCAAAUUUAACAUUUAGGACAAUAAAAUCGGUGAUAAAGGAGCAUAAAAUAUUGGAUUAGGUUUGAGUAACUGCACUCAACUUACAAAUUUAGAAUUUUGCAUAAGCAGAAAUUUAAUUGGCGAUGAUGGAGCUUCUACUAUUGGUAAAGCACUUGGUAACUGCAAGUUCCUAACUAAUCUCAAAUUUUCCAUUCGGGACAAUAAAAUCGGUGAUAAAGGAGCAUAAAAUAUUGGAUUAGGUUUGAGUAAUUGCACUCAACUUACAAAUUUAGAAUUUGACAUAAGCAUAAAUUAAAUUGGCGAUGAUGGAGCUUCUACUAUUGGUAAAGCACUUGGUAACUGCAAGUUCCUAACUAAUCUCAAAUUUUCCAUUUGGUACAAUAAAAUCGGUGAUAAAGGAGCAUAAAAUAUUGGAUUAGGUUUGAGUAACUGCACUCAACUAACAAAUUUAAUUUUUAGCUCAGAUAAUAAUGAGAAGUUUCUAAAAUCAAGAGAAAUUAUCAACUGUAAAAAUAUAAAGUUAUUGGAACUAUCUAUGUAUGGAUUGACUGUAUAAAGAUAAAGAGAAAUCAAAAGAUUAGCUUAAAAAAUAAAAAGAUUAGUAUAAUUAAAUAUAUGA